AUGGCUCAAGAACGUUCCGGUAUCGCGGUUGGUCUCAACAAGGGCCACAAAACCACCCCCCUUAACACCCCCAAGAACCGCAUCAGCCGCUCCAAGGGCAAGGCCUCCCGCCGAACCGCUUUCGUUCGCGACAUCGCCCGUGAGGUCGUCGGUCUCGCUCCCUAUGAGCGCCGUGUCAUCGAACUUCUGAGGAACGCUCAGGACAAGCGUGCCCGUAAGCUCGCAAAGAAGAGACUCGGUACCUUCACCCGCGGCAAGAGAAAGGUCGAGGAUAUGCAGCGCGUCAUCGCUGAGGCCCGCCGUGUUGGAGCUCACUAA